GGCUGGUUGGCUUGGUGGCCUGGCUUUGAUUCGGGUUUGCGGAACGGGGCUUUAGGGCCUCAACCAUGUAAGGACUUAUUCAGUUAUUCCCAUUAUAUAUGGAUUAGAUGAAAUUAGAAAAAAUUUAAAAGAACUUUAACUUAAUUGGAAUUUAAACACAUCUAAUUCCAUUCAAUCGGAAUAAGCCUAAUACGGUUACUGUAACACAAACGGCCUAUCAAAAGGGCCUAAACCACGUAGUACGGUUACUGUAACUCCAAAACCUCCCUGCCUUCUCUCCUUCCAUCACCGCAACUCCAAAGCCUCUUAUCGUCUUCUUCCAUCGCCGAACGACGACUGGGCCCGCUGUCGCUGCCGCCGCCGCCCUACUUCGCCACCUUCGCCGGCGACGGGCACCACCAGUGUGGACUGUAAUGUUUGAUGAUGAUGAUGAUGGAGUGGACCCACAAAUUGAGGAUGUCAACAGAUACUACUUUGAGGAUGGUGAAGAGAAACCAGUUUGUUUCAGUAUCUUGCCUUUCCAGUUUGGUGAGGACGAUAGCGAGGCAGUUUUCCUCAGAAAGGAUGUUUUCUUGUGUGGAUUUGUGGAUAAAAAUCUUCCUGUGUACAAGGAGGUGGUAGCUUGGAAGAUAAGGCUUGACAGUGAGCAUCCCAACAUCUAUGUGCUUUCUAUUGAGCACAAGUGGAUAAAGCUGUUGAAACCACGAAAAUGCUAUGGAGACAUUGUUCGAUCAACAUUGAUUACGGUGCAAAUGCUCCACUUUUUUGGGAGAGGGGAGCAAAGAAGUUCGAAUCACCUUUGGGAUCACCUUGAUGAAGUUUUUGGUAAAUACAAUCCUAAACCCGUGGAGGAUGACUUGAUGAAGCACCAUACCCUAAUCAAGUUGUUUGUAGAGAAAGAUCAAACCUUGAUGAAGUCAAAGAUUCUUCAAAGGCUCAUUGAGAAUGGCUUUAAGAGAACUAAAAAGGCCUUAGGUAUGGAAGCACAAUCCAUUGUUAGUGACGGGUGGCGUGCUAGAAAAAAUGAUGAUAACAAUUAUGGUAACAAAGAUGACAGUGGUGAUGAUUGUGAUGGUGAUGGUAGCAGUGAUGAUGGUGAUGGCAGCAGUGAUGAUGAUGUUACCGAUCAAAUAUGUGCGCUAUGUGAUGAUGGAGGACAUUUGCUUAGCUGUGACGGUCCAUGCAAGAGGUCUUUCCACCCCACAAAGAAAGAUGGCAGAGAAUCUAAAUGUGAAAGUCUUCAUUACACUUCAGCAGAAGUAAAGAGAAUUGGUACUUAUCUAUGUGCAAACUGCAAAAAUAAGCAACACCAAUGUUUUAGAUGUGGAGAGCUUGAACCAUCCCAUGGGCCAAAUGCUAAGGUCUUUCAAUGCAAUCAAGCAUCUUGUGGAUAUUUUUACCACCCUAAGUGCAUUGCACAAUUAUUGGAUCCUAAUGCCACUGAUGGUGAGUUGGAAAGAAGGAUUAUGUCGGGAAUGUCAUUUCCGUGCCCCAUACAUUGGUGUUUCAAAUGUGGCCACAUGGAGAACAAAGCUCAAAGAGCACUUCAGCUUGCAGUGUGUAGACGCUGUCCAAGAGCAUAUCACAGGGAAUGCCUUCCAAGGGACUUAUCCUUUGGAACAAAGGACAAGGAUGGUAACCAACGCGCUUGGAAGCUUUCCGACACAAUUUUCAUUUACUGCCUAGAUCAUGAAAUAGACAAGGAUACUGGCACAACUAGUAGGAACCAUAUAAAAUUUCCAGCUACACCUGAAUACACCAAAACAAAAGGGCUUGGUAACAGCAAAGGAAGGAUGACUGGCAAAAGGAGAAAGAACAAAAGGAGAAAGAACACUGACCAAUCAACAAAACCUACAGAUUUGCCAAACAGGUUGUGUGGAGCAGAAAGUGAGCAAGCUGACAAUGUAGGUGCAAAAAGCACAUUGCCCCAGAUUGUUGUAGAGCCUCACUGUGCAGCAAAGCACUUGAAGGGUGAUCCACAAAUUGCCAAACAGGGUGUUGCUGCUCGUCAAAAUGGUGCAGAAACUAUGAAAGGGCAUGAAAAUCAAUUUGGCAUUUCAUUUUGUGUUGCAAGUACUGAAACAGAGAAGAGGGUAACAUGUUUGGCACAAAGGGGAACAUGUUUAGGGACACAAUAUGAUGGGCCAUCAACCAAGGGCAUGUAUGAUUGUUCUGUUCAGGACACCCCUAUGGACGACGAUGUUGAGUUGGAUAAUGUGGCCUGCAUAAUCGCGGUGGAUAAAUAUGUCAAUGGGAGGGGGAAAACACAAGAGGACUACACUAGAAAAGAAGCUGCUCAGCGCAAAGACUCGAGUGAAAAUCAAGGGCAGAAUGAUGCUCUAGAGCUAGACAACCUCCGGAUGGAGAUGCAAGCUGACGAACGUCCGUUAGAACCAGGAAACAAGAGGGACAGGAAGUGGCAGAAAAAUGUAUAUGGACUCGGAUCAGCUUCGGGACAGAAGGAAACCUUGUCCAGGAGAGAAAAUCCACGGUCAGAUAGAGGGAUGGUCCACAGUAACGACAGCAAAACAAUUUAUUACAGGAAGGGUGGGACGGAAGUCGAUAAUGUUGAUGACCACCCUUUAGAAAAGCAAGACCACCAGGAUACAUCAAGUGACGGAUCUAAAAAGAGAAGCCGACCAGUGGACAACGCAUCUGGUGGCAACAGACCAUACUUGGAUGAGAACAAGAAGCGUAAUCUCAGAGAAGAUGGAAGAUAUGCUCAUUAUGAAGACUGGAGAAGUGAAAGGAAUACAGCAGCAGACACGUCUGGAUAUAAGGCCCAAUCAGAAGAGAAGCCUGUAUGGACAAACACUCGAACAGGAUCAAGGGAGCAUUCACUGGACAGGCAAAGGAUAGAGUGCGGUGACAGCUAUCGUGGAACCUAUAACAAUAGACAAAGACAUGAAUGGCUGCACCCGCACGCUAGUGGUAAUUCCUCGAGAAUUGGUUGGGAUGACAGGAGGCAGUGGAGUUCAUCUCGGUCACCAUUUCCUUCGGCUGAAUUUGGUGGUGACCGUUCCUGUUCUCGUGCCCAUCCGAGAGGUUCUAAAUACAGAACCGGCGGGAGGCAUGAUCACCCCCAGUACCUGGGACUGGGAACACCUCAACAUGGUACAAGUAGACCGCACCACACAAUGGGCUGGGACAGGGACACCUUCCAUGAUCACCAGCAUGGCAGAAGACCGCCGCACCACACAAUGGGCUGGGACAGGGCCCCCUUCCGUGAUCACCAGCAUGGCGAAUACGACGACUCCAGGUAUGGUGAAUAUGAUGCAACUGACAAUGGUCCUGACAGCGCGCAUCGACCCUACACGGCUGCUGGCGUGGCUGGACGUUCAGCACCGAGUUAUCAGCUUGCUGGUGGUUAUGGAGAGGGAUCAAGGGCUUGGCGGCCAGUUACGGACAAGUACGCCCCAUGGCCCUUGCCUUGACCGCACAAACUAAUAUUAGCCAAGGAGCCAGAGUGAGCUACAAGAACACCGUUUGCUAUUGUCGGAAAUGCUUUCUUCGAGGACUGUCUCAGUACGGGGAAUUGAUGGGUCGGUGUUGAAACCCAAAUGAUAUCUGCCUUCCAGUUGCUUGCUUUGCCUAUCGUAAUCACUGCAUGUUAUUUCACAUAAGCAGCUGGAUUCUCAAGUUAUGUGGGCGGUGCAUUUGAGUUAUACUAGAUGACAGCCUGUGCAUAUUGUUACUGAAGUAAAAUAUCUUUUUUAUUAGGUUCCCCUUAUCUCGCUGUGUUGUUGGUCAA